AUGGAACACAUUACCGAAAGGAAAAAAUAUCACAUAAAUGUCACCACCGAAAACUCUUUUGCCUCUCUACCGGAUGACGACGAAGGAACAUCGCUAUCAGCCACUUUGUUAAACCGGAGCUGCCCUAACUUAAAUACAAAUGUGUACCAGGAAUUAGAAGAACAUAAAUUACAAUUGACUGAAAUGCAAAAACAACUCCAAAUUACUGAAAAUGAACUUGAAGAGUUACUGUCGGAAAACAUAAAGCUAAAAGAAGAACUACAAACAUGCAGAAGGAAAAACGCUAGUCUUAUCAAGUUUGGAAAUUCACCGACACCAAGUCAUAAACAUAAAAAAAAUUAUAAAAUAUUAAAUAGUACCCCUAACGCAAGUCCCGCUAAGGAGCAGCUAACAGCAACUUUAAAAAAUAAAAUUUCUUAUCUAGAGACUAAACUGGAAAAAACUUUAAUAGAAUUGAAUUCUCUGCGAAACUAUAUUAAAUUAAUUAAUGUAAAAGAGUUAUGUUCGCUACCAAAUAAUGUACCAUUUAGUUCAAUAAAAUCAACGUUAUCAGGAAACCUAGAACACUUACACAUGUGUACACCCAAUGUAGACCAGAGGAAGGAAGAAAUGGAGACUAUGGUUCCAUUAUCUUACACACCUAGUCCGAAAAACAAACGGCUGAUGCGGCGGCGCGUGUCGCGCACGGUGCUGCUGCGCAACAUGGUGUCGGCUGACGAGGUGGACGAGGCGCUGCAUCACGAGAUACAGGAGGAGUGCUCGAAGUGGGGGCGCGUGGAGCGGCUAGUGAUCUACAACGAGCGGCAGAGCGACGACGACGACCCGGCGCACGCACACGUCAAGAUAUUCGUGCAGUUUGCGGAGCCCGACGAGGCGACGGCGGCGGUGAGCGCGCUGGACGGGCGGUACUUCGGCGGGCGCACGGUGCGAGCCGCUCUCUAUGACCAGGACCUGUUCGAGCACGGCGCCCUGUCCGCCUAG